CAACAUGCCUACCACCGAAGAAUUGAAGAAUGUUGCUUUCAACGCCGAGAAAGACCUCAACACCUACCAGGCCAAGCAGGGCCUCGGCAAGAAAAGUGACUCGACCCUCGAAUCCGGUGUCGAUGAGAUGGUCGACCAGCGAUUCCCUCAGUCCACGGGCGUCAAGUACGGUCCUGGGUCGACAGCCUCUGGCAGUGAUCACCGUGUAAUUCCCGAAGAUGAGGGUGGCACUCGUGAUGAUCGAGACAGACUCCCGAGGGCUACACACUUCCAGGGCGAAGGCGGUCCUGAAGAAAAGGCCGCGAUCGAAAGUCAACGCCGCCCUGGCGAUCAGGACACCCUGAACGUUCAAGAUAUGAUGCAGCAUGGAAUCACC